AUGGAUCAUGUGAUGAACUACCUCUCUGGCCUCUCCCUAGUCCCUUUGCUGGACCUGGGGAAGAAGCUGAAGGUACCCCAAGACCUGAUGAUAGAGGAGCUGUCACUGCGUAACAACAGGGGAUCCCUCCUCUUUCAGAAGAGGCAACGCCGUGUGCAAAGGUUCACUUUUGAGUUUGAAGCCAGCCAGCCAGGGAUGGUGGCCGGAAGCGCCGAGGGUAAGGUGACCGGAGCGGCGUCUGGGGCGGUGGCCAAUGGCCCCUCGGCGCAGCACUACCACGCGGGAUUCUCAGCCUCGGCGGCCACGCCCCAGGGCCUCCAGGACUCCCGAGCCACCACCGCCGCCGCCGCCGCCUCCCAGCCCGCGCGCGCCCGCAGCCCCAGCGCGCUGGCUCCAGGCUACGCCGAGCCGCUCAAGUCCAUUCCGCCGGAGAAGUUCAACCACACCUCCAUUCCCAAGGGCUACCGCUGCCCCUGGCAGGAGCUCGUCAGCCACCGCGAGCCCGCGGACGCCGGCCGCAGCCACGCGCCCCGCCUUUGGGACCUCCGGAACUUCAACAAGACUCCUGUGCCAUUUGGAGGACCCCUGGUAGGGGAGACCAUUCCCAGGGCAGGCACCCCUUUUGUCCCAGAGCCCUUUAGUGGCUUGGAACUCCUCCGCCUCAGACCCAACUUCAACAGGGUGGCUCAGGGCUGGGUCCGCAAACUCCCAGAGUCUGAGGAGCUGUAGGCCCAGCCUAUAACUUCGCUUUCUCAGACUCAGGACUCAUGUAACAUCAGAAGCCAAGACUUAUGGACUGUACUUAAAUUUAUGAAGAGCCUUCACACACAACUAUUAUUGCAAAAUGUCUCAAAGGUCACAAAGUUCAGUAGUUUCCAAAUGCAGAUGUGUUUCAAAGUUACUUGAGGACAUUGGUCUUCAUACAGACUUCU